UCCCCGCGCCCCGCCCCCGGCGGCCAUGGCGGAGCGGCGGAGCGGGGUGGCCGAAGGCCUGGGCCGCCUCUCCGAGUGGGCGGACGGGCACCUCAGCCUCCUGCGGAGCCUGAGCGCCGGGAUGGCGGUGGCCGGGGUGCUGGUGCUGGCCCGCAGCGUCCGGCUGACAACAAAGUUUACAAGUGCUUUGGAUAUACCUGUGGAGUUUGUAGAAAAGAAUGUGAAAUUGCGAGGAAAAAUACAUCACAUAACUGAGAAAGGCCUGGAAGUUGAACAUAUUCCCAUUAGCAUUCCUUUCAUUACAUGGAUACAGAGAAAAUGGCAAUCCAAAGGUCUUCUGCUGGUAAGACUUGCUGGAGUGGAGUUGGCUCCAAGUGGCAUGGCCUGGUUACAGCAAGAGUUAAAACCCAAACAAGUGAUAUGGUUCCAGCUUCUGGGAAGGGAGAACUUGGCGCUUGAGUGCCUUGUUUUAGUAAAUAAGGGUCGAUUUCUCAGCAUGUGCUUAAAUGAAGAGAUACUGAAGCAAGGGCUUGGCAAAACAGCACGUAUUGAGGGACUGCAGCAUGAUUCCCGCCUGUACUGGGAACUUCAUAAAAGACUCCUUCGAGCAGAGUUAAAGGCCUUGAAGAAAAAUAAAGGAAUAUGGAAAGAAGAAAGCUAUUCUGAAAGAAUUAAAGAACGUAUAAGCAGCAAUAAAUUUGUACAGACAUUGAAACAAUUUGUGAGCUGGUUAAGAAGGUUUAUUUAAAGUUUAAAAGGGAGACUUGUGUGGAGGAAUGCCAGUUACCUGUGUUAAUGUGCUUUAUGUAAAGUUUAUGGUAAAAAAAACAGUGCUAUAAUGUUGAAGGGUCCCUGUCUUGAACAGAAACCUCAUAGUUCCUUAAUGCGUUAUUAUAACCCAGAUGGGAUUGAAAUUUAGUGGUUACAUAGGCCACAAAUCCAAAUGUUCUGAAGGUGAACUUUUCCAGCCAUAACAUCUUAAAUUAGUUGUCCAGUUUUCCACCUAUUAAAUACCUACACAUCUGUGUUAACCACAGUGAAGGCAGUCGAUAGUCAGGUUUCUAAGAGGUGCGGAGUGUCAUUCCACAGUGUAGGGCCGUAAAUGCUUCUCUGUUACUUGUCAUUACAAUGUAGCCCACAUUGGUUCAAAACCUCUAUUUCAGACCUUUACAAAGCUUGUGGUAAGUGUUUACACAGGAGCAUUUUGUUUGAAUUCUAUCCUUACACUACUUUUGUGUAUAAUUUGUGUUUUGAAAAUGUUUCAUCUUGAAUAAUGGGUUGUAUUGUUACCAAUAUAAAAGGUAAUUUGUUACAGCUGAUCCUAAAAAGCCAAUAAGGUCAUAACAACUGAAGUUUCUUGGGGAAAAAAAGAUACCACUUGGUGUAUCAAGGAAUGUAAAUAUGUCAGUAAUCCAGAAUUUUAGAAGACAACAUCCACUUGAAGAGGAAAAAACCUAUUUUUUUUCUGAUGGCUCUAUAAAUAUCUAAAAUUCUAUGAAAAUAAAACUUUAACAUGGAAUUUGAGAAGUUAGACCAUACUGUGCUAAGAACUUAAAUUCUUGUUUUAUUUCUGAACCAUUUGUUAAGUAUAUCAGUGUAUUAUUAAUUUUGUAAAUAUUUUCAGAGCAAAGAUUGAAUUUCUUACGUUCGUUGUUACAUGUUUUAUAUGCCAAGCACUUGACCUUUGUUUAACCUCCUGCAAUCCCAUUAUUUAUUUAAAGUGAAGUGGUUUACAGA